AUGAGCAGAUGGUGCGUUCGAACAAAAGAAAUAAAGAGAGUAGUUUGAAAGCCAUAAAACUACCAAAACUUCCUUUUGAUACCAUCAUUGAGAUUUUGAGCUGGGUGCCAGUCGUGUCUUUGCUAAGGUGCAAGUGUGUGUGCAAGCAAUGGUGUUCGUUGAUUCAAGAUGACAAGUUCGUUCUAAAACAUAUGGAUCGAAGCCGUCCAACCGAUCAGUUUUAUCGUACCGCUGAUGAAAAGUUCAAGUUUAUUUCAACUUAUGGAGGCUUGUGUUUGGAGAGAAGUCUUAGUAAUUCUAGGGUUUUUCGUAUCAGAAACCCUGCAGCCCAACAAGUGCUAUACUUGCCUGAUGGACCUGAGUAUACUAACACCAUGGAUUUUGCUUUUAAUUCAUCUACUCGCGAGUGUAAAGUGGUAUGCUGUUGUUGGGAGAACAACGAAGUUGACAGUACUGAAGCAAGUUUGAAAAUUAUAACUGUUGGAAAAGAUGAGCAAUGGAGAACUCUGAUCCUCCCAAACCAAAGUUUGAUGAAUGCGCGCGGCGAGUUCGUGUUAAAAGUGCACUUCAGUGGAGUACGUAAGGUUGAAGGGGUUGUUCAUUUGACCCAAAUAAUUAGACUUACUGCACCAGAUUAUUACUUACAAGUUCAAUCUUUGGAUGUUUGGAGAGAAUGUUUCACCACUACUACUCUGCCUCAGGGAGUUUUCGUAGACCUGACAAAAGUUCGGGGUUAUACUUGGAAUAAUUGCACGUCUGUUGUUGAUAUGACAGAGGAAACCCUCAACAUUUUAGCCUUGGAAGACUUCAAAGAACACAAGUGGAGUAAAAACAAAAUAAAAAUUCCCUUGAAAGUUCUGAAGGAUUGUCAUCCACAUUUGAGGGACCGCACUGUUUCGGCUGCAUUCGAAUUACUAUUUGGAGCGAGCUAUGAUUUUAAAUAUAAUAAGAGAAAGGGGAUAGUUACCAAGGCCACACUUAGACCUUCUGGGGAAAGAUUACAUAAGCCAAGUCUCAUGACGCUUAGAGGAAUGAAGUCGGAAUAAUUCUCUAGUUUACAUUAAUUUUUUUUUUUUUUUUCAUUUUGAUCAGUUCAGGAGACAUGA